GGAGGGCUGAGAGAGGCAGUCUCGGCGGGACGGAGAGAGCGCUGAGGCGGCGGCGCGGCGGAGGAGAUGCCGGUGAGCGCUGCGGUUCUCCGCGCCGGUCCGGAGCGAACGGAGCGUUUCUGAGUAAAUCAGCCCGAAGAGAGAGACGCAUGAGCGUGGAAUGAGCCUGCAGGAGGCGGUCUGAGGGAAACACACAGCGAGAUGUUAACUCUGAGGAGCGGACGCCGCUGCUGCUGCUGGCUCGGUUUGGACCUGGUUCUGCUGGUGCUGGUUCUGCUUCUGCUGGGCGCUAAGUGUUCGAGCGGACGAGGAACCGCAAGCGAUGCUUCUCCGGAUGCUCCCUCAGUGGGUGGGACUUUACCUCACUUCCUGCAGGAGCCGGAGGACGCCUACAUCAUCAAGAGCAACCCGAUCAGGCUGCGGUGUCGCGCUGCUCCCGCCCUCCAGAUCUUCUUCAAGUGCAACGGGGAAUGGGUCCAUCAGAACCAGCAUACUUCCCAGGAGUACAUGGACCAAAACACUGGUCUGAAGGUGAGGGAGGUCAUGAUAAAUGUGUCUCGGCAGCAGGUGGAGGACUUCCACGGUCCGGAGGAUUACUGGUGCCUGUGCGUGGCCUGGAGUCACCUGGGCACCUCCAAAAGCCGUAAAGCCACCGUCCGCAUCGCCUACCUCCGCAAGAACUUCGAGCAGGACCCCCAGGGGAAGGAAGUGCCAAUCAAGGGGAUGAUCGUGCUGCACUGCCGGCCCCCAGAGGGCGUCCCCGCCGCAGAGGUUGAAUGGUUAAAGAAUGAAGAGCUUGUGAGCUCACUGGACGAUGAAAACAUAGACACUCGCGCCGACCACAAUCUAAUCAUCAAUGAAGCUCGACUAUCCGACUCGGGAAACUACACCUGCCUGGCGAGCAACAUCGUGGCUAAGAGACGCAGCGCUACGGCAACUGUGGUCGUCUUCGUGAAUGGAGGGUGGUCUCUGUGGACAGAGUGGUCUCCGUGCAGUGUGGACUGUGGUAGGGGGGUACAGAAGCGUUCUCGGACCUGCACUAAUCCAGCACCGCUGAACGGAGGGGCGUUCUGUGAGGGGAUGUCGGUACAGAAGAGCACCUGCAACGCCCUCUGUCCAGUGGACGGCGGCUGGGAGGAGUGGAGCGAGUGGACGAUGUGCAGCGCUCAGUGCGAGAGGCAGCGAUGGAGGGAGUGUAACGCCCCGGCCCCUCGCAACCGGGGCCGCAUGUGCGAGGGCGAGAGCCAUGCCAUGGAGAACUGCACCGGCGGCAUGUGCACACAGAAUGGGAAGAUGCUGCAUGAUGUUAAGCCUCAGAGUAUGGACGGCUCCAACGACGUGGCGCUGUACUCUGGUCUGGCUGCAGGGGUCAUCGCCGUGGCGGUCCUCAUCAUAUCCGUCACGCUGUACCGCAGGAGUCAGAGCGAGUACGGGGUGGAUGUCAUCGAUUCCUCAGCGCUCGCCGGCGGCUUCCAGUCCUUCAACUUCAAAACCGCCAGACAAGGCAACCCUCUGCUUCUGAAUUCCUCCAUGCAGCCCGAGCUCACGGCGGGCCAGACCUACAGUGGCCCCAUCUGCUUCCAGGACUCCAUAGACAAAGAGCUCUUUGACCCCCUGCCCGACAUGAUGGUCAAAGUUCAGAGCUCCUUUAUGGUUUCACUAGGUGUAGCGGACCGGGCCGAGUACCACGUCAAGGCGCAGCUGGAGACUUACGGCGGCACCCAGGGACGCAAGCCCAACCUGGCAGCCCCCAACGGGCCCCUCGGGCCCUGCAAAGCUCAGCUGAGGAGCAGCGGGGUGUUCGGACACCUGGGCGGCCGCCUGGUCAUGCCAAAUACAGGAGUCAGCCUCUUGGUGUCUCACGGGGCGAUUGCAGAGGACACUUCCUGGGAAAUGUACAUGCUCAUAAAUCAAGGACAGUCCAGCGCCCCGUCAGAAGAGAGGUGUGAGAUCCUGCUGGGACCGGAGGUCACGUACGGACCCCCGGGGCUGAGCCUGUCUUCUCCGGUUGCCAUGACGAUAGCCCACUGCGCUGAGGUCAGCGCGGAAAACUGGAACAUUCAGCUGAAGAGACAGACCAAGGACAACAAGUGGGAGGAAGUGAUGUCAGUGGAGGACGAGUCGACUUCCUGCUACUGCCUGCUGGACUCUCAGAGCUGUCACCUGCUGCUGGACGAGCCGGGCUCGUACGUGCUGGUGGGCGAGCCGCUGAACGAGCACGCUGGGAAGAGGCUGAAGGUGGCCGUGUUCGGAAACGUGGAGGCGUCCUCGCUGAACUACGGCCUGAGAGUUUACUGCGUAGACGACACGCCUCACGCCUUUCAGGGAGUGGUGUCUGCAGAGACCAGCAGAGGAGGCUUGCUCCUGGAGGAACCCAAGACUCUGCUGUUUAAAGGGAACACCUACAGUCUACAAGUCUCCAUCCAGGACCUGCCCCAGUUCCUGUGGAGUAUCAAACCCUUUACCACCUGCCAGGAGUUUUCGUUCUGUCAGGUGUGGAGCAGUAACCAGCAGCCUUUGCACUGUGCCUUUUCUCUGGAGAGGUUCACCACUGCCACCACGCAGCUCUCCUGCAAGAUCAGCGUGCGCCAGGUCAAAGGUCAUGAGCAGAUCCUGCAGGUCUACACCACCGUGGCAGAGAGGGAAAAGGAAACGCUCCCCUUUUUUAUGCAGGCAGAUUGCACGGUCACCUCGCAGACGGGCGCCAAAGCCUUCAAAAUCCCCCUGUCCAUUCGGCAGCGGAUCUGCGCCACCUUCGACACUGCCAACGCCAAAGGCAAGGACUGGCAGCUCCUCGCCCAGAAGCUCCACAUUCAGAGGAAUCUUUCCUACUUCGCCAAGCAGCGCAGCCCGUCUGGGGUCAUCCUCAGCUUGUGGGAGGCCCGGCACCAAGCCAGCGGCGACCUGGACUCUCUUGCCAGCGCUCUGGAGGAAAUCAGCAAGAUCCACACCAAAAGCUCGGCCAAGACGAGCCCGGACGAGACGGAGAUGGAGCCUGACUUUAACCAGUGAGCCCCCGGGGCUGUGACCCAAAGCGGAUGCAAACCUAAUCACUGCAUCGGUCUGCAGCUGACAACGAGAGCGCUGGACUCCUGGACCUCUGAGCUCUUCAGAGAAACAACAAACAAUCGAGUAAAAGAGUAAAACACACCUGAUUGGUGGUUUAAGUCCACAAUCGGCUUAAUGACGACGUAAAGGGAGGAGGGAACGUACUUAACCUACUUGGAGAAACUUGACACGUAAACUUGAAGCAUAAAAAAAAGCAGCCAGAGCGAAGAGACAUCCGUCAAGCGAAACUUUUCGUUUCGUUUAGUAGAAGCUUUUCCGCUUCCUCUGACCUUCUUCUUUAUCAGUGGUUUGGUCGGUUGGUUGGUCAGUCAGUCAGUUGGCAUUCUUGCUUUUCUAGCAGAGCUCUGUGUGUAUGUGUGUGUGUGUGUAAGUGUGUAAGUCCAGCGUCUGGCAGCAUGGACCGGACCUUUAAACGCUUCAGUGUGGUGACAUUUACUUACUUACUUACUUGCGUACGUAUAUACUCUGGACUCUGGACUCCGGAUUAUGGACUUUGGACUCUCUGGUUUGUGGCUGGUUUUGGCACUACGAAGCGUUUAGAGGAAAGAGGUCACCUGGUCAAUUGAAGCGGCGGCUCUACUUUUUAAAGAACGAAAGAAGAAAGAAGCGAAGGAAGGCUUUGGUUGUUGAGUGGGGAUCUGUUCUUCACACACUGUGUUUUCUGCAGCCUGCUCUUACAUUUAUUUUCUGUUGAUUUUCGUUUUCUUUUAUUCCUCCGGUUGCUCCCUCAGCAGGGGGCCAGCCAUUGUAAAUGUCGUUGCUGGGACGCUGAUGAAUAAAAUAUGUCAAAUGGUG